AACAAAUAUUGGUAUGAGCAGCACAAACAGAACGAUAUUUGAGAUACUCUGAAUGAGGAGAGCAAUUGGACGAGACAGAGAGACCAGACCCAUCAUCAAAUGUUGUCUAAUCCUCUGGGAAUCUCACCAUCCCCAACACCUAUAAACACCACCAAAAUAUCACCUUUCAAUACUAAUUCCAGAAAACCAACCUCUUUCCCGUCCAAAGUUUCACCUCGACCCUCUGAUGAAUUUUCAUUCCUUUCUCUCACCAUAUCAGGAUUUUGCAGGGCGAGUCAAGUUGUUGAUGUGUUCCCAACGGUAUCUCCUGAAAUUAUUGUACGUGAGGCAAGAUUAGAGGACUACUGGGAAGUGGCAGAGAUUCAUUGCAACUCCUUCUUCCCUGAAUAUUCCUUCCCAUUAGAUUUUGUGUUGAGGAUAGACAGAUUGUUCGUGGCUAUGCUGGCAGCUAUCUUAGCAGGAUUAUCCAGGCCAAGAGGUUGCAGAAGAAUCUAUUUGGUAGCAAUAAUUGGAGAUCUCAAGAUUGGUGUAUUUGAUGAGAAAUUUAGUCUCGCUAAGGGAUAUGUGGCUGGCAUAUUAACAGUGGACAAUUUUGCAGACUUACUUCCAAGAAAGGGGUCACGGCGACAGAGAAGGACUGGAAUUGCAUACAUAUCAAACGUGGCAGUCCGCGAAAAUUUUCAAAGGAAGGGAAUAGCUAAAAAAUUGAUAGCAAUGGCAGAAUCCCAAGCCAAAAGUUGGGGUUGUCAUGCAAUUGCAUUGCAUUGUGAUUUGAACAAUUCCAUUGCCAUAACGUUAUACGAAGGCCAAGGUUUCAAAUGUAUCAAGGUGCCCGAUGGAGCAAAGUGGCCUCAGCCAAAGGCAUCGCCAGGGAUCAAGUUCAACUUCAUGAUGAAACUUCUAAAUAACAUGGUAGCUUUCUAAUUAGACAUUUUAUUGGGUGGCCCAAUAUUGUAUAUCCAUGUUUAAAAUAAUUCUAAGAUGAGAAUUUUGAAAAUUAAUGAAAAUAAUUAUGAGAAAAUGGGAGGUGCACGUACACCCAAUUGAUUUCCGCCACAUCAACAAUUUAUUAAUUUACUAAUUAAAGUUAAAAAGAUUUGUAA